AUGAAUGUCAGUGAGCAGGGCACUGUUCGAAGGAUUAUUAUCGAGAAUCCUGAUCAGGAGCCGUUAUCCCCAUUUCUUAGAGGGGCAAAUUUCUGUCCUGGAAAUAAUGUCAUCUAUGAAAAGACAAUCAGAAAGUACGAGCUAUUAAAUCCCCACCAAGAGAAGCAGUAUCAGUUUUCCCAGUGUCAGAUUCCACAGCAAGCUGAUCAAUGCCAUGCUGCCCAGCCCUGCCAGCGCUCGGAGCAGUCCCAAGUCAGUCACCAGUGCCAACAGACACAGACCAGUAGCCCUUGUGAAAUCAUUCCAGUCUCUGUGAGUGAUGACUGCAGAGGAAGUACAGUGAGGAGGGUAACAGUUCAGACCUGUGAGCCGGUGAAUUGCUCUCAGGAAAACAAUGACCAGCUGGACUGCCGCUAUUUCGGUGAGCUCCUCGCUGAACUGAACCGCAAGACCAACGACUUGUACAACUGUUUGCUGCAGCACGUGGAAAAGAUAGGAGGAAGCAAAAAAGCACACUCUGACACUGAAGAUAUUGAAGAUUUAAUUCCUAAAGGACUGUCUGAGGCAACAAAGCAGCAGAUUCGUUACCUCCUCCAGAUGAGAGUGACAUCAGAUAAAUCGUUGAGACUUGUGCUUUCCACUUUCAAAAAUUUACGUGAAGAGCUCUGCCAUUUGCAGGACGACUUGGGGAAGUUAGAAAUGGACGGUGUCUUACUUAAGAAGGAUUUGGCUUUUAAGGAUUCUCAAGUAAAAGAAUAUGAAACUAUGUUGACUUCUCUGAGAGAGAAUAAUCGUCAGCAGCAGCAAGGGCUCCGAGAGAGCACUGCGAAAUGCCGCUCCCUGGAAGAACAGCUCCUCUCGCUUCGGCUCAGUGAGGGAGAGAAGGAUUGUCAGCUAAAGGAGCUGGAGUACUGCAAGCGUGCCUUGGAGCAGGAGGUCCAGAGCCUCAGGCUACAGGUACCGGGCUCACUUAGCUGCGCUAAUCCAGCACUACAGACCACCACAGAUGAACUCUCCAGCCGUUAUGUAGAGAUGAUCAAUAACUUGAGAGAGGAUAAAGACCGUGAGAUCCGCAGUCUUAGGUCUCAGUUAUGCCAAUUCCAGCAAGAUAUAUCGGAGAGAGCUGGAAGUAACAGCGACUUGCAAAUAAGGUUGCAAGAACUGACGUCGAUGCUGGAGGAGAAAGAUGCUUUUAUUAAACAACAGCAAGAGGACCUCUUCAGAUUGAAGCAUGAGAAAUUAUCAGGCAGUCAGUCCCCUGGUGUAACAGCUAUCAUCACGAAGAAGUACAGGAACCAGUACCCUAUUCUGGGUCUCUUGUCUGAUGACUACAAGGUUACAUCACCUGUCAAUAAAUCACAAACGAUUGUGAUUGAGAGGACUGGAGAGAUAUGGAAACAGGAAUGA